AUGUAUUGGCAAAAUCAGAGUUCUGUGGUUGAAUUCAUCCUCUUGGGCUUUUCUAGCUUUCCUGAACUCCAAGAGCAGCUCUUUGGGGUUUUCUUGAUUGUUUAUCUGGUCACCCUAGUAGGAAAUGCUGUCAUUAUCAUCAUCAUCUCCCUGGAAAAGAGCCUUCACGUUCCCAUGUACCUGUUCCUCCUGAACUUGUCUGUGGUAGAUGUGAGUUUCAGUGCGGUCAUUAUGCCUGAGAUGCUGGUGGUCCUCUCCACUGAGAAAGCAUCGAUUUCAUUUGUGAGCUGUUUUGCACAGAUGUAUUGCAUUCUGUUUUUUGGUGGGACUGAGUGUUUUCUCCUGGGGGCAAUGGCUUAUGACCGAUUUGCUGCAAUCUGUCAUCCUCUGAGCUACCCAGUGAUUAUGAACAGAAGGGUUUUCAUGAAAUUAGUAAUGUUCUCAUGGGCCUUAGGUUUCAUGCUAGGUACUGUGCAAACAUCAUGGGUGUCUAGUUUUCCCUUCUGUGGCCCCAAUGAAAUUAAUCAUAUCUCCUGUGAGACCCCCCCAGUGCUAGAGCUUGCAUGUGCAGACACCUUUCUGUUUGAAAUCUAUGCAUUCACCGGUACCCUUUUGAUUAUCAUGGUUCCUUUCUUGUUGAUACUCUUGUCUUAUAUUCGCAUUCUCUUUGCCAUCCUGAAGAUGCCAUCAACCACUGGGAGGCAAAAGGCCUUUUCCACCUGUGCCUCCCAUCUCACCUCAGUUACCCUCUUCUAUGGCACAGCCAAUAUGACUUACUUACAGCCCAAAUCUGGCUACUCCCCAGAAACCAAGAAGCUGAUGUCAUUGUCUUACUCACUUCUUACACCUCUCCUGAACCCUCUGAUCUACAGCUUGCGGAACAGUGAGAUGAAAAGAGCUUUGAUGAAGUUAUGGCGAAGAAAAGUGGAUUUACACCCAUUCUGA